CGGAACAGCUUCUAGAAAGGAGUACUUAAAUCAGAGAGGAGUACUAUUAAAUACGAGUGGAAAAAAUAGAAGUACAACGGAAUGCAUCGUCGGUGUUUUACCCCACGUGGAUAGGUGGAAGGCAGGCAGGCGCAAAACGUGAUUCGAUCUUUUUUAGCAGCCGGAGCAUCAUAUUCGUUUUCUUUGUUAGGGAAUAACAUCGAUCCAUCUUUUAUUCCUAUUCCUAUUCCUGCCUAUCAAUUUCUUUCCAUUUGAAUUAUUAAAAUGAAAGGAAUCAAUUCGGUUUGCUCUUCCCAAGCGGCCACUGCAAUCUGCUUGUCAAUGGAAGGGAUAACGGGGUACGGCCCCAGCAUUCAACUCGGCGGCGGCGGCCGAGCUAUCGACCGCUUCAACCCCAUCAUCACAGACUCCAGGCGACGAACAGAGGCGGACAUCCACACGUCCAGCAGGAAGGGUGAGAAGAGAGGAAAGAAGGAGGAGGAGAAGAAGCAUUGCAGCAAGCCGGCCGGCGGCGGAAGUGGUGGGUGGAGUUGCGCGCAGCCGGGUGACUUUGUGACGCCUUCUUCUUCUUCUUCUUCUUCUCGGUACCUUUUGAAUGACGACGAAAAAUAUAACAGCAACUCUGCCUCUUCCUCUUCAUCUUUUCACCCUCCUGCCUCCGCUUCCACCAAUAAGGUGGUUGUGGUUCUUAGAGUUUCCCUUCAUUGCAGAGGGUGUGAGAAGAAAAUGAGAAAACACAUCUCCAAAAUGCAAGGGGUGUCGUCUUUCAACAUAGACUUUGUAGCGAAGAAGGUGACAGUGGUUGGCGAUGUAACGCCAUUAGGAGUUCUAGCAAGCAUAUCAAAGGUAAAGACUGCACAGCUCUGGCCGGCCGGGUAGCACCAACGCCCAUCCCGCCCCCACUUUGCCUAAGCUAGCAUGCAUAUAUGCACCUCAGCUCCACUAAAGACUAGGCCUUCGUUAUGAUACAAUCUUAGCUCGAGUACCUGCAUCUAGUCUAGCUAGAUAUGUAAAGGUAUAUAUAUAAGUAACCUGUUUUAUUUGGUUUGGUUUGAUCGAGAUUUUGAAUUUAUUGGUAGGUUGGUUUUAAUUGCAAGCUAAGGUGAGGGUCAAACUCUUUCGAGUAAUAUUAACUACACACAAGGUAUUUGUUUAAGAGUAGUAUUUUAUGGUCAAAGGACUGCAUGCAUUUUUAUUGGGAUGCUCCGUCUAUCCCGUUUCGUGAAGUUGGUAUAGGCAUUUAGAAAUUAAGGGUAGUAAUGCAGCACAUCAGUAUUACUAUGCCCGCUAUAUGAUGGAUGAUUCUUUUACUAUACAAAAAUAGUAAUAUAACAGAAAUAUCUUCA